AUGCUUCCUCUCUGCACACAGGAAUCAGAGUCAUUGCAGAGGAUAAAGCAUAACAACCAGGAGACAGCUGUCCUGGGAGGAAACGUGACCAUUUUCUGCAACUUGACAACUCUGGCAAAUGUUGAGCAAAUCACCUGGCAGAAAAUCCAAGGCCAUUUGCCUCAAAAUAUUGGUACUUACAGCCAUAAAUACGGAGAAAAGAUCCUCCCACCAUAUGUAAACAGGCUACACUGCAAGAUCCUGGAACCCAGUGCCUCCUUCAUAACUAUCCGAAACCUGACAUUUGAAGAUGAAGCCUGCUACAAGUGUCUGUUUAACAGCUUUCCACAUGGCAGCCAUGGAGAAAAAACCUGCCUUACCAUUUUAGCUGUAUCUGACUUAAUAACUGAACUCCAAUCAGUUCCUGGCUCUGAAGAUCUCCAUAACCUUCAGUGCUCAGCUAUGGGAAAGCCUGCCCCUGAAAUCUCCAUUUACCCUUCACAAGUCAUAGUGCCCACAGAAGAGUACUUUGUUCAGAACCUCAAUGCCACGGUGACUGUCACUAAAAUCUACAACAUCUCCUUGAAAACUGUGAAAUCCUUGGGUCUCCAGGACCUGGUUGUGUCCAUGACUCAUCCUCUAAAACAGGAAGAGAAGAUAGUUUCUCUGCCAGUAAAUCAAGAAAGUCAUUGCUUAAUUUGGAGGACAACAGCAAUUAUAUUCAUCAUUUUGUUUGUCAUUUCAUGUAUCAUCAAUAUUGCUCUCUAUUUUUAUUUCCAAAAGAAAAGCAUCAUGGUAUCUCUAGGUCAGAGAACAUCUGUGGACAAUUAUCAGAAGAGACGUGUAACCCGCCAGUGA